AAAAGAGAGAGAGAGAAGCAAGGGAGGCGAGUGGGGAAAUGGAGUUGCCAGAGUCUCCAGAAAAAUGCACAGAGAGUGAAAUCGGCGGUUGUCUUCCCAAAGAUUCUCCGCCCUUGAGUCAGCAAGGAGAAAACGAGCCCAAAAACUUCAUCAGGGGUAUCAGAGAAGCGCUGAGCUUCAGGGGAAACGCAUCGAAACUGGCCAAAGAGAAACUGGCUGAAGCUAAAAUGGAUGGAGAUAAAACAGAAAUAAGCGGGAGGAAUGGUAAAUUGGAAGUGCCAUCACAGCCGGAGUCUCCAGCGAAAAGUGAGGAGAGUGAAGGUGCACACUGUCCUCCCGAAGACUGUCCAUCCUUGCAUAAACAAGGAGAAAACGAGCCAAGAAACUUCAUCAGGGGUAUCAGAGAAAUGCUGAGCACCAGGAAAAGAAAGUCUCAAAGUCUCAAAGAGCAAUUAAGUGAUACUAACACGGAUGGGCUUAGAACAGAAACAAGAGAGACUGAUGGGGAAAUGGAGCCAGCGGCAGAACCAAAGUCUCCUGCAAAACACAUGGACGGUGAAGAGGCAUCGAAAUCUGCCAAAGAGAAAUCUACUGAAGUCAACAUGGGUGAAGAUAAGGCAGAAAUAAGGGAGGCAGACGGGGAAAUGGAGCCGCCAUCAGAGUCAAAAUCUCUGGCAAAACAUACGGAGGGGAGUGAAGAUGGCAAGCGCCUUCCCAAAGAAAAGGAGCCCCAAAACAUCAAUAAGAUGAUAAGAAUGAGCUUGAGGAAAGGUAGAUCAAAAUCUCUCAAAGAGAAAUCGGUUGAACCUAAACUGGAUGAAACUAAAACAGAAACGAAGGAGAAGGAAGAGGAGGAGAAAAUGGAACCUUCAGUGAACCACACAGAAGGAGAAGGUUAUCUGCACCUGAGUCAUCAAGGAGAAGACGAGCCAAAGAAAUUCAAACCAAUUCGGAGCUUGAGCUUGAUGGGAAGUGCAUCAAAACCUGUCAAAGAGCAAUCAGCUGAAGAAGCGGACCCCUCCAGGUCCAGCAAGUCUUUUUCAUUCUUAAAGAAAAAAAAGACCAGCCUUCCGAAGGAGUGUAAGGAGCCUGACGAAGAAGAAGACCAUGUUCAGAACGAACCACUGUCUGUUAUGCAGAUAAAUGAACUUAUUAAAAAUGGGCAACUUCUAGAAGCCUUCAAAAACAUCAAGGGUUUAGAAAGGGAGCUUCUGGCUGAAAUAGAUGCCAAGAAAUAUGAAGACAACCCCAAGGGAUGCAUUGUGAAGGCCAAGGACAUCGACUUGCUCUACGACUUGGUUUCUAAGGCCAUCCAGCGCAUCGUGGAGGAAACCCUGGAGCUUCCCAGGGUAGAUGCAAAGGCUUUAAACACUCUUGUGACUCUGAUCGCAGAGGAAGAAAAAGCCCAUGCUGGGGCUACAAGCAUCGCUGCCUCAUCCGAGGCUGUGUCCAACCUUGGGUUAGCCAGGAACUGGAGGCAGCUUUGGGAAGACGCUGUCAAGCGAAGUGUGGAAACCAGGGUCUCAAAAGUGCCUGUGCCACUGAAGGAGGACAACACCUCUUGGCUGUCGAUACACUUAGGAUAUCUCAAAGAAGUCGUAAGAACAGAUUUGUUGACAAUCAAACACUGGGUACACAAAUGCUAUCCACCAGAAUACAGUGUGGGCGAUGCAUACCUGAAGGCUUUCCACAAAGCCCUCUCUUUGCACUUACAAAGCAUCCUGGAAGAAGAUGAGAGCCUGGGAUGCAAUCAAUUCUAUGCAGUACUCAACUGGGUCACUAAUGUAUACCACAGUGAAAAUCUCUUAGGAUGCCCAGACCUUAAACCAGAAAUAAAAACUGAAGCUCUGCCGGAUUUGUUAACUUCAGAAGAUUUAAACAAACUGAAGAGCAACUACGUUAACUCUGUCCAGCAGGAAACCAAGAACUGCUUGGAGAAUAUUUUGAUGCUGGAGACCAAGGAAAAGUGGAAAGGAGAGCCAGAUGAGCGGAAAAACCCAUACGAUUCGUCGCUGUCCUACGAUAUUCAAACGCUCGCCAAACAACACAGAAAGGUAGCCGGCUGCAUUUGCGAAGAAGUGGAAGACGCCGUUCUCAAAGGUAUCGUGAAAGAAGUGACAGAAUUCCUACCACGGUAAUGUCUGCUUCUUUCAAAGUCCCAGUGUCUAAACUGGAUCAUGUUUUAUGCUUAAUGGUUCUAGCAAAUAGGCAUGAUGGAAAAGCAUCAGCUGUUCUGAGGACGCAGCUCAGAGGCUUUAGCUCAAGUGCAGAGGCAAAUGUUUCCUCUUCAAAUGAAUCCAAAUUCUGACUCUGACAUCGCCAGCA